AGGUGCCGCCAUUUCUAUCUCCAGUUUUACUAAAUCGAGUCGUGUUAGGUCAGUACUCAGUAGGUCACUGGUUCGUUCAUAAGUAAUAUCACUAUCACCAGGUCUGGUUAGCAUCUCGAAUCUCUUGUAACGUUAGCACGUUAAAAUAUGUGGGGUUAUUUGAUUUUCUGUUCACUCUUGUUGAGCCACGUUUUCACCCCAUCUUUCCAGUCUCCUCAAAGUUCGUUUUUUAGAUGGUCAACAGAUGAAGUCAAAGAGGAUCUCACUACUGAUAGCCAAACCACAUCAGUAUACACAGAUAAACCUAAAGUAGACAUUGAGCAGAGUUUGCAAUUUCCUGUUAAAGAAAAACUUACACAUGAAUUGAUGCCUCCAAUACCUGUUAAUUUAUCUGGUUCUGAACAGAGAGAAAAUUUAAAGUUACCAAAUACGACGGGGCCUCUGAGAAGCAAUUUCACAUCUGGAUUGAGAAGUUUUAUUGGUGACGAAGUAAGCUCAUUUCUUGCAACCGGCGUAGUCUUUUUAGGAGCCUUAUUAGGUCGUGAGGGAUGUGACCUGAAAGCUGCAUGCUUAGUUGGGUCAUUAGUACCACCUUUACAGGGAAGGGAUAUAGCUGUAAUCAGAACCAAUAAUACCAGAAGUCUGGAAGGUGUUCUAUGAAGCUGCCAAAUCAAGUAUUAUUCAAGGACGAGAUUGUAGUCAGUUUGAUUGUGUGUAAUUUCUGUAUUUCUUUAGUUUAAUAAUGAAAAAAUGUUUCGAUGCUUAAAA